AUGGAUAUCGAAGUUGACAUACUUGAGUUUAGAGUGCCCAUUGAAAACAACAAGACCAUUUUUGUCUGGGAUAUACAGCCUUCAGAUUCUGAGGCAUAUAUUUAUGAAUGCCUCUGGAAUGUGUACUCUGAGUAUGGAGCUCUAUAUUUGGUGAAGCUUUGUGAAAAUGCUGCCUGGGCUAAACCAGGUUUCUACGCUUUGGUGAAGUUUUACUCAUCAAACCAAGCUGCCACAGCACAGAGAGCUACUGAUAAACAGUGCCUGUUCCAGAGUUCACCUCUGAAAGUCAGGCUAAGCACAAAGAAGGACAGCGGCUGCCCUUAUUAUGCCAGACCUCUGAGUGAUGCCAAGUGUCAAGAACUGGCUAAUCAUUACCUCGGCUUCAACGGCUGGUCGUCUCGAAUCGUCACUCUCAAGGACCUCUCUAACUGCGGACAGACAGAGAUGCCCGCGUCAGACGGGCACAGCCAGGAGACUUUGCUGAAAUUUGGUUGCAUCAUAGAGCUUACUUUUCCUCAGCAUGGCAUUAGCUGCCGCGGAGUGGGAGUGACGGAGGAGAUGAUUGACACGACCAUAGCUCCAGAAAACUUUCUUAGGAAACGGAAAGCCCUCAUGAAGUGGACCCAAAGCAGGGCACUGGUUAAUGCUUUUGAGAAGGUUCUCCUGCUGGUUCUCGGGAAUGGUAAGGUUGCAAUCGAAUGCCGGAUUGACCCGGAUGAAAUUCUUCCCGACGAAGAUUUUAAAGGUGUGCUCAAGGUAAACGACAUCUCCUGGAGUCAGUUGAACACAGAUGAAGAGGAUGAGUUACCUUGGGAAUUUACUGUGGACUUGUCUCAGUAA